CUUACAGAGAGAGAGAGAGAGAGAGAGAGAGAGAGAGAAAGAGAAAUAUAGGUUUUUCUCUCUCUAGAACACGUGAAGAAGAAGGAGGGCAUAACAAUGGGGAAGAGAAGAGGAAUCUCUGCAGUGAGCGUCCUUUUCGGGUGGUUGAGAAGGCAAUCGAAGAAGGUUAAGACAGCUCUCGGAAUCAUCCUGUCUCUGCUCCUUGUCGUCUCUCUGAGAUUCACAGUGAAGAAUCACAACCACUUCUUCGUCGCCUCCGAAGCCAUUCACGCCGCCGGAAUUUUUGUUCUGAUCUACAAACUCACCCGUCAAAAGACCUGCUCCGGUCUUUCUUUGAAGUCCCAAGAAGUCACAGCACUAUUUCUUGCUGUGAGGCUGAUCUGCAGCCUAAACAUGGAAGGUGACAUCCAUACGUUUCUCGAUCUCGCCACCUUUGUAUUGACCCUAUGGGUCAUCUAUAUGAUCCGGUUCAAGUUGAACUCGUCUUAUGUCAAGGAGCUCGACAAUGUCCCCAUCUGCUAUCUGGUUGUGCCAUCUGCUGUCCUUGCAUUGCUCAUCAAUCCUAUUACUCAUGGUUUCGUAACUCGGGUCAUGUGGGCAUUCUGCGUUUACUCGGAAUCUGUAUCCGUUCUUCCUCAGCUUCGAAUGAUGCAAAAUGCCAAGAUGAUAGAGCCAUUCACGGCUCACUACGUGUUUGCGCUCGGGAUUGCAAGAUUCUUGGCAUGCGCUCAUUGGCUUAUCCAGGUUUACGAGACGGGAGGACAGUACCUAUGGCUGAUAGGGGCCGGUUACUUGUGGUUCCCGGCCGCUCUACUGGCCGAGAUUGUUCAAACGUUCAUCCUCGCCGACUUCUGCUAUUACUAUGUCAAAAGUGUGAUGGAUGGACAGCUUGUGAUGAAGAUGCCAGUUUAGGUGAACAGAGCUUGUUUUUUAAAGCUGAAACACAACACAAGCACAUGGUCUAUAAAACGAUGCUGCUUCAACUUUUUUGUAGUAAGAAUCUGGUAAAACUAGUGUUUUAUAACUUAUUUUUUAUUUGAAUUUUUAAUGGGUUUGUCAUUAAAGAAACUAAUUGCAUAUGUUUAAUAUUCAGGCGUAAGAAUUUGUUCACUUAGAA